AUGGACCCAUUAGUUGAAAGUUUGUUGAAAACUUCCCUGGAUGACAAUCCAGAAGGGUCAGACAAUUCUGAUGACGAUUCUUCCAAAAUAAAUAACGAACUUGGCUUAGACCAAUUUUCAUUGUUGCAACAUGGUGGCCGACAAACAGGUCCAAAAGGUGUUUUAGCAGAUCAUGAAUAUCAUAAACAAUAUACACAACAACAAAAGUCUGCUUCAAUAGUAGCAUAUAACGAGCGCAUGUUAUCAAAAGCUCCCGUGACAACAACAUAUCGUGAAGAUGAAUUAAAUAAAGCUCUUGAGGAAGAUUUAAAAGAUUUAGAAAAUAUAAGCUCAGAUGAAGAAGAAAAGCAAGCACUAAAAAAAUACAGAGAACAAAGAUUAAGAGAACUUAAAGAAAUUGAAAAUCAGAAAGUAAAUAAAAAAAGAUAUGGAACUCUAAGAGAAAUAUCUUCUAAUCAGUAUGUUAAGGCUAUAGACGAUGAGGCUCCAGAUGUUUGUGUAAUCGUACACUUGUAUGAAAACUCAAUUCCACAAUGUAGACUCUUAAAUGAGUGCUUGACACACCUGGCUCGAAAAUUUUUCAAUUCCAAAUUCUUACGAAUUCUGGCUCAUGAUUUAGACUUUGACUUAAUUGGUCUUCCAGCUAUACUAGUUUAUAAAAAUGGGAAAUUAAUCGCAAAUUUAGUUAAGAUUACUGACGAAAUUGGCGAAACGAAUUUUGAUUCAGAUACUGUUGAAAAAGUUUUACUAAGGUUUGUUUUUAAAUUAUUGCUUAGGAAUGUUUCUCUAAUGCCUUAUAUUGAAACUUCCCUCUGCAGAUAUGGAGCAUUGAAUUUAACAGAAAGUAUCAACGAAUAA